GUGCCAGAAAAGCCAUUCGCAGACGCUCCCUAACUCCGGCGUCUCCUCCUCCUCCUCUCCCGCCCGAGUUUUUGUCUUAUUUCUUCUCCUUCUCUGCGUCGCUGGGGCGGCCUGACUUUUUGGAGACGCUCCCUCGGCGGGCCCCCCUCUGGUAAACAGCCAAGAUGGCGGCGCCGGAGAGGGAGAGGGGGCAGGAGAGGAGGGAGUCCGGCCCGCAGGAGGAGCCGGGGCCGGCCCCCAGUCCCUUGUCCCUGACGGAGCUGCCCGGAGAGCUGCUGGAGCUCAUCGUGUGCUGCGGCUCGCUGGGCGCCGCCGACGUGGGCCGCCUCGCCUGCACCUGUCGCCGCCUCAAGGAGGCCUGCCAGCCCCGCGGGAAGGUCUGGAGGGAGCAGUUCCGACUCAGGUGGCCGUCGCUAAUGAAAUACUAUAACCAGUCAGAAAACGUGAAUUGGCUUGAGGAAUACAAAGGACGGCACAAAGCCGGCUUGGAAGCCCAGAGGAUUGUGGCAUCCUUCUCCAAAAGGUUCUUUUCAGAUCAUGUGCCCUGUGAUGGCUUCACUGAUAUUGAAACCCUUGCAUGUCCAAGCCACUUUUUUGAGGACGAGCUGAUGUCCGUCCUUAAUAUGGAAGGAAGGAAAGGCCUGACGUGGAAGUACUAUGCAAAGAAAAUUCUCUACUUCAUGCGGCAGCAAAAUAUUCUAAAGAAACUGAAGGUGUAUCUUCAGCGCCCAGCAGAACAACAGUCCUUUUUGGAAGGGGCUGUCUUGAUUGACCAGUAUUGCAACCCGUUGUCUGACAUCUGCCUGGAAAACGUCAAGGCCCAGGUUGACGAUAUUGCUGCUAAAGUUCGUAAAUUCCUAAAAUCGAAAAACUCCAGACACCCAAGUGUGACCCCAAAAGCAGGAGAGGCCUUGAUCGUAUCUCAGGUGGAGCUUCAGAGGCAGGUUCUUGAUGCCAUGAAUUACGUCCUCUAUGAGCAAUUAAAAUAUAAAGGCAAUGAAGUGGAUUACUACAAUUCCCUGAACUCCUACAUUCGCCAGGUUUUGAUCCACAGGACUGGAAUCCCAAUCAGUUUGUCAGUGCUUUAUUUGACAAUUGCUAGGCAGUUGGGUGUUCAUCUUGAGCCAGUCAACUUUCCCAGUCACUUUCUGCUCAGAUGGUGCCAAGGGACAGAAGGAAGUACAAAUAUCUUUGACUAUGUUUACAUCGAUGCUUUUGGGAAGGGAAGGCAGCUCACUGUGAAAGAAUGCGAGUACCUGAUUGGGCACCAUGUGACCGAGGAAUUUUAUGGCGUGGCGACAGCAAAGGAAGUUUUACAGCGGAUGGUGGGCAACUUGUUAAACAUUGGAAAGCGGGAAAGCACUGACCAGUCCUACCAGCUCCUGAGAGACUCUUUGGAUCUGUACCUGGCCAUGUAUCCAGACAACGUGCAGCAUCUAAUGCUUCAAGCUAGAUUGUACUUUCACCUGGGAAUCUGGCCAGAGAAGGUCCUGGACAUCUUGCAGCACAUUCAAGCGCUGGACCCUUCCCAGCACGGAGCAGUGGGCUAUUUAGUUCAACAUACUUUAGAGCACAUCGAACGUCGGAAAGAGGAAGCAGGACCUGACGUGAAGCUCCACUCCGAGGAGAAACACAAAGAUGUCUGCUAUUCAGUUGGCUUGAUUAUGAAACACAAGAGGUAUGGCUAUAACUGUGUAAUCUACGGCUGGGACCCGGCGUGUAUGAUGGGGCAUGAAUGGAUCCGAAACAUGAAUGUCCAUAGCCUGCCACAUGGUCCCCACCAGCCCUUUUACAAUGUCUUGGUGGAGGAUGGGUCGUGCCGAUACGCUGCCCAAGAGAACCUUGAGUACAAUGUGGAACCUCGAGAAAUCUCUCACCCCGACGUUGGCCGCUACUUUGCAGAGUUUGCCGACACUCAUUACCUAGCAAAUGCAGAGUUGGAGUUUCGAUACCCUGAGGAUCUGAAGCUUACGCUUGCAGCCGUUCAAAAAACGUAUGAGAACAAAGAAUGAGCUUCCUUAAAUAUCUCGUUGCAAGGGCAGAGGAUGUCUUCAUGCAGCAGCUGCGAGAGCUGCCUUGUGGGAACGGUUCUUGGCAGUUCUCUGGCUUAACUAGGAAUCACAUUUUGCUUGAAAACUAGCAGUGAAGCGUGUUGUUCUAUAACCACCCAAUUAACACCAUGCCAAUGCUAGUGAAAUAAUGCGGGACACAUCAGUUGCCAAGGCAAGAUGUUGCCUGUCUGAGAUGACUUCACUGUACAAAGUAUUACCCUUUCUGGACACUUAAAGGCUCUUGUUUUGCCCCCAAAAGACUUGUGGAUGUUUAUGAUAGCCUGGAGACUGAAAAUGUUGACAACUUAUGGAUCGGGUUAGUCCACAUUUGCAGUACUGUAGAGGUCUGAAUUGGGUUGCAUAGUCAUUAAGGUCCAUUAGAAAGGACACGGCUUCUUCCCAAACCUGGUGUUCCCCUCUGCCGGUCCUGUGUUCUUUGCAAUAACCAGCAGCCCAGUGCCAAAAUCUUGGUAUUGGAAGUUCCUUGGAGACAAAGAUCUUGAGGAUGUGCCAAGUAAGUCUCCUCCCAUUGCUUCAGACAAUCAAUUUGAAACAGGAAGUGGCGCCAGUCCACCUCUUUUUAUAGGCUUCUUGGGUUCCAUUCCACAAACACACCCCCAGCUGACACCAAUGGCCAUGGUGCCUUCUUGAGGCUGCCAACAUUUGUGAUCAGGUGGGCUGUUGCGUAUAUCACUCUCCUUUCUGUCUUGAACAGGCUGCUCAAACUGUUGUGGUGUUUCCCUGUGCAUAAAGAGAGGAGCAUCCAUGCUAUGCCGUUAAAACAGUAUGCUUGUUAAAACAGAACUUCUGUGGGGUCCUUUGUUUGCUUCUUUUUUGUCUAGCCCAACCUUUUUUGGGGCCAGUGGGCACAUCUGGAAUUUUGAGAUGGUGCUGUGGGCACCAGUCGCAGAAUGGCUGCCGUGGGGGCUCAUGGCAUAACGCACAGUUUCUGCCACAUCUAAAAGAGCAGAAAAAAAGAGACAGGGCCCCAAAAUGGUGUGGGCAUGCCCCACAUCAAUGGGAAAAAGGCACCACCACCCUGGCUCACAAAGCGAAUCUCUUUACCUGUCCCCUGUUCAGAACGGGUGGGAGGGCAGGUGUCCAAUUCUGACACCCAUUGAAAUGUGGGCAUGUUUAAGGGGCCAUGUUCAAUAUCGGAGUGCAAAUGGGAACAGAGCAGGAAGAGCAGACAGUCUUUUUGUGCAUUGUGGAGUUAAGAGGGGAUAUUUACUGAGAGCGUAGGAGGUACCGGUGGGUACACUGGUGCCAAUAGGCACCAUGUUUGGUGACCUCUGAUCUAGUCCAAACAAAAUUCUUGUUGGAGUAAAACAAGAAAUGCAAUGACUGAAGAUCCCUAUGAAUCAGGGAAUGUUCAUGAAAUCUGAUUUCUUGAUUUUGCAGCCCAGCGACCAGAAUGGUACCUAGGCGGUUGGACAAAACAGCUGACCAUGCACUUCUGCAUUUUGUUAAGACACUGUACGUGUACUGCAAAGACAUGGAAGACAUGUAAUUUUUUAAAUUGGUGUCUCUAAGCAAGCACAAUCAAUAAUUAUUUACUGGAUUGCUUGCUUGGUGUUGCUUCGGGUAAGCUAUACUUACUGCAUUGUGAAGAGUGAAAUGAUACAUUUCACGGACUUAGUUUUGAAUGUUAGCAGCAGAGAAAUUGUUCUUGCCAGGAUUACUGUUUUUGUAAUGUGUGUGGUGUUUUUCAUAAUAUUUUGAUAGCACAUAUCCUUGUGAAAUUCUUUCAGGGAUGGAGACACUGUGGACCCUCUCUCUGUUGCUUGAGUCCAGCUCCCAUCAUCACUGCCCAUUGGCCAUGCUGGCUGGGGCUGGCGGGAGUUGGGAGUCCAGCAACAUCUGGAGGGCCUGGUCUGUGUUCUCAUCUGUUGGGGACAACUUGAAACCACUUGAAGGGCUGGUUUAAAAAAACCAAAUGCCUUCUUUCCACAGCCAGGCUGCCAUCCCUAUGAGUGCAUGCUUGUGCUUGCACAUGGAAAUAUCAUGCUUUGAUCUAGGGGUAGUCAUGGUUAUUGAUCUGAAAUCACUUGGGAUUACAUAAGCCAGGAGUCGCCAACCUUUUUGGACCAAACGUUGGCACAUUUCUAAUUUUGAGAGUGCUGGGGUACCAGUAACAAAAUGGCCACCAGGGGGACGUGGCAUAAUACAAAAUUAGAGAGUAAUUAUCGUGAAGCUGUACAUGUAAUUGUAUUUACAUAUUGGAAAAGGCUUGACCUGUAUAAUUUCUGCCUGCCAUACAGCCGCAUCAGGCACAAGACCCCUGUUUUUCUCCAACACCAACCCUAAAGGAAAGGCUAGGCUGCCAUCCUAUACUCAUUAGAUGCAAAGGGACUGACUGCCGAGUAAACAAUGACACCAUUGUACUGUAAGUUGACAAUAGUGAAUUCAUAAUGCCUUAGUCCCUGGUCAAGCAGAAGACAUGUCUCAGCCUCUUUGCAAAGUAUGUGCAGAAAAUGACUUCUAGCUGACCUCGGAUAAACCCAGCACAGGAAAGGUGCGUCCUGGUUGCCAGGGGAAAAGGGCAAACUGUGGAGAUUCCAAGAAUUAGAAAAAAAGACAGAAGCAGGAAAAGUGCACUGAAAGGGAAGGGAAAACAGCAGCUCUUUCAGACUCCAGGGAUUCCUAUUACCUGGUGUCCAAACAACUCACUUAUCAGUCAUCGCUCUGACUUCACUAACUGGCUGAUAGGCCGGAGCAGCCAGGCUGGCUCAUUUCACGGAAAUUGCUUAGAAAGGUACCUGCGCAUUUUGCACCAUAGCUUUCUUUCUAGAAGGGCUAGAGACUUAACUGCUUUUUGUUUAAAGAAAGCUCAGAGUCUGGGAUACCUGCCAUGGCCCCCACUGUCAAUGGGUUGGAAACCCCUGACAUAAGCUGUUCCCCUUGACAUCAUAACCAGUACCCAUGAUCCACAUGAAAAACGUUCAUGUUGAUAGUUGAGCAUGUACUGGGAAAUGAUAGCUCACAUGGACAAGUAAAGUAAUAUCUGAAUUGCCCCAGGAGAGCCAGCCAGGAGGGACGCCAAGCAUAUAAAUGACAACAAAGUUUGGGGCAGGGGUGGAAGAAGGAAACAAAGCGUUUGCAGUAACCUUAGAUCUGAAUGGAAAAGGCUUGCAGUGGAGAGCUGAAAUCUUUUACAGUCGUGUUCUUCAACCUUGGGUCCCCAGGUGCUCUUGAACUACAAUUCCCAUCAUCCCCAGCCACCUUAGCCACUGGUCAAGGGAUCAUGGGUGUUGUAGUUCAAGAACAUCUGGGGAUCCAAAGUUAAAGAACACUGCUCUACAGCAGUGAUGGGGAACCUGUGGCCCGGGGGCCAAAUGUGCUCCUCCAGACCUCUCUCUCCUGGCCCUUGGAGCUGUCCCCAAGCCACACCCCAUCACUGGCCCUGUUUUGCACCUGGAGCGCUUUUUGCUGGGCUGGAAAUACGCCCUUGGACUCUGGUCAUGCCUCUGACUUUUCUGGGUGGAGGGAAGAGAGGGGUGAGCGCGAGUGCGAGUGCGUGUAGCAACUAAUGUACAAAGGUCAAAUUUACAUUUGUCACUGUACCUAUUUUUGCCUCUGGCCCUUGCUGGCAUGUGGCCCUCGGAAGGUUGCCCAGAAGGGAAUGGGGCCCUCGGGCUGAAAUAGUUCUCCCACUCCCUGCCCUACAGUCUCGGUGCACCAGGAAUCCAAAUCUAUCCUUCAGAUGUAAGAACUUGAGCAACACACUGAGCAUCCCCUCCUUGUUGUGGGAAAGAUGUUGCUGAUUAGGGAAAAUGUGUCUGCCUCAAAGCCUGCAACUGGUUCCCUUUUUUUUAAGCGUUGGUCUUCAGCUGGUCGGUUGGGACCCAGCACCAAGAAGAGCCACGAUACCACCACCACCACCAUGCAAAUAUGCAGUAGAAAUAAAAAAUAAAAUUAAGAAGUAGGUCCCAAAUGCAUGUUUGGUUGAAGGCGGGUCUCUAGCUAGAAGAGGUUGAAGAUUGCUGCUUUCAAGCAUGGCGAGAUACCUGCCGUUGAGUCGUAGGCCCCAUCUGCGCUAUAUUUAAAGCAAGGUCACGUUACUUUACCCAGUCAUGGCUUCCUUCGAAGAAUCCUGGGAACUGUAGUUUGUGCAGGGUGCAGAGAGUUUUUAGGAGACCCCUACGCCCCUCAUAGAACCACAGUUCUCCAGGAAGAGGGACUGAUUGUUAACUCAUUCCGGAAAGUAUAGGGAGAAGAGGAGUCUCCUCACCACUCUCAACAGUCUACAGUUCCCAGGGUUCUUUGGGGGAAUGCCAUGGCUGUUUUAAAGUGGUAUAAUUCCCAGAGUUCCCUGGAAAGAGGGAUUGACUGCAACUCUUUGUUUUUGACUACUUGUUGAGAUAAAAAAAGACAGUGAAAAAGAUUAACCUGGGAGAAUUUAUGGCAUUGAGAUCAUCUGAACUUUGCUUACUCGUUCACGUGGUUUGUGCGUAUGGAUCUCAUGGGGGGAGGGGGGUUCUGUAUUGCUUCAGUCUUCUUAGGUGGUUCAGGUUAUAUGUUGUAAUACUGGAAAAUGACAAAUAAAAACUUUUUAAAAGGGGGGGGCUGCUGAGGUUUGUUAGGAGACCCAUAUUCCCCCUCACACAGCUAUGAAUGGGGGGGUGUCUCCUAACACCUCUCGGCACCCUUAACAGUUCCCAGGAUUCUUGGGGUGAAGGCAUGACUGUUUAAAGUGGUAUCGUAGUGCUUUAAAUGUGUGUGAAGAUGGCAGGGGGUUAGUUCCAUGUUAACGCCGGUCGCAUCACCUUGAUCUUUACCUCUCUUUUCUGCACUGUUGGUAGUCAGAUACUUGCCUGCAAUACCUCCCUCCUCCUAAAGUGCUCUCAGAUAUUUGUUUUGUUUUAUUUGUAAAGCACUUAGAACUUGUCCUUUAUGUAAAAGGUGCUGUAAAUAUAUAUACAAAUACUCAAAUAUUACGAUGGUAUUUUAAAAAGCAAAUAGAAUUUGUACAGCUAAUAUCCAAUAUGCAGUUUUGCUCACCAAAUGAGCUGUCUUUAGCGGAGUUUCAAGUGCAGGGUUUUUCUUUUUUCUCCCCUGUGGCUCUUGAUGGCAUCUCUGAAAUAAAAUGUUAUGACCGUGGGUUA